GCACACUCUCAGUAGACACUCUGUCUCUGUCUCUCUCUCUCUCUCACACGUUCUCCAACCCAAGGAGGCCAGACAGAGGGACGUGGUCACUCUCUGAAAGGUUCAACUGGAGAGAGACAAAAUGCAGUGGGCCUCCCUCCUGCUGCUGGCCGGGCUCUGCACCCUGUCCUGGGCCCAGUAUGAUGAAGACCCCCUUUGGUGGUUCCACUACCUCCGCAGCCAGCAGUCCUCCUAUUAUGAUCCCUAUGACCCUUACCCCUAUGAGCCCUAUGAGCCUUACCCCUACGGGGUGGAGGAAGGCCCUGCCUAUGCCUAUGGCUCUCCACCCCCGCCAGAGCCCCGAGAUUGCCCCCAGGAAUGCGACUGUCCACCCAACUUCCCCACAGCCAUGUACUGUGACAACCGCAACCUCAAGUAUCUGCCCUUCGUCCCUUCCCGCAUGAAGUACGUCUACUUCCAGAACAACCAGAUCUCGUCUAUCCAGGAAGGUGUCUUCGACAAUGCCACAGGGCUGCUCUGGAUUGCUCUCCACGGCAACCAGAUCACCAGUGAUAAGGUGGGCAGGAAGAUCUUCUCCAAGCUGAGGCACCUGGAGAGGCUAUACCUAGACCACAACAACCUGACCCGGAUGCCUGGCCCGCUGCCGCGAUCGCUGAAGGAGCUCCAUCUCGACCACAACCAGAUCUCGAGGGUCCCCAACAAUGCUCUAGAGGGUCUGGAGAACCUCACAGCAUUGUACCUCCAACACAAUGAGAUCCAGGAGGUGGGCAGUGCAAUGAGGGGCCUCCGGUCCCUGAUCUUGCUGGAUCUGAGUUACAACCACCUGCGGAAGGUGCCUGAUGGACUGCCCUCGGCCCUGGAGCAGCUGUACUUGGAGCACAACAAUGUCUACUCGGUCCCUGACAGCUACUUCCGGGGGUCGCCCAAGCUGCUGUAUGUGCGGCUGUCCCACAACAGUCUCACCAACAAUGGCCUGGCCUCUAACACCUUCAACUCCAGCAGUCUCCUGGAGCUUGACCUCUCCUAUAACCAGCUGCAGAAGAUCCCCCCAGUCAACACCAACUUGGAGAAUCUCUACCUCCAAGGCAAUAGGAUCAAUGAGUUCUCCAUCAGCAGCUUCUGCACCGUGGUGGACGUCAUGAACUUCUCCAAGCUGCAGGUGCUUCGCCUGGACGGCAACGAGAUUAAACGCAGCGCGAUGCCGGUGGACGCGCCCCUCUGCCUGCGCCUUGCCAGCCUCAUCGAGAUCUGAGCGGCCCUUGCAUAGGGCACGGGGCCGAGGGCCCCCACGCCCCACUGCAUUUGGCUUGAUGGUUUGGUUUGGCUUUUGCUGGAAGGUCUGGGACAGAUCAUGUGACAGAAGUCCACGGGCUCCCUCUGUAGUCUUCUUCCCUGUAGUCAGGGUCAGCUGGGAUCAGGGGACAGGCAGCCUUUUACUGAGGGACAUGGCUGUGGCUCUCUUUUCAGGACAGACGUGGUGGCAGAGGAUGUAAUCCCUGGAAAUCCCAACCCCAGAAAUCUCACUACCCCUAGGUUCUUCCCAAUGAUCCGGUGUCAUGAACUUGACAAGUCCCUUGGGCAACAGCACAUAGCGUGCCUUCCCCACAGUCCCUGGCUCUCUCUGUGAGCAGCGCGAGACAGCUCUCCUGCGUGCUGGGCUGGUGGUGCAGUUACUCUGGGCUCCCUCUCAGUGCUCCUCGGAAUAUAUACCUCUUACCCAACUGCCUCCUCCUUACCCUCCUCAUCUGCUCAGCCUCGCUCCACAGACUCCUCUUCUGUGCCUUAGGCAGAAGCAUGAGAGCCCAAGGCAUGUGGGCAUGUGUCCCAUGGCCUGUGCAAAGAACUCACACUAGUGUCCGGGGGUAGAAGGAACCCAAGAGUCAUCUCUACACCCCCCUAACCUCACUCCCUGAAAGCUACCAGGUUGGAAGUCACCAGCGUGAUGGCAAUAUUCAGGGACUGAUGAGAGAAGACACAACCAACUUUAGGCUUUGAUAAGUGCAUAGGGCUGUAUUUUAACUGGGCACUGCUUUGAAGGUGGAUCAGACUUCUAAACAGGAAAGGCCAUAUCUUGCUUACAUCAGCAUCCAUAAUAGUGGCAAACAUCCCUAAUCAGCUGAACUGAGGAAGUAGCCCCCAGAGUUCCACCCUUGCCCCAAACACCCUCUGUGUGCCUCCAGCAGCUCUUGACUUUAUCCUCCAAGGCACGUGGUUCUCAAAGCAUGAGAAAAGUAGUUGGUCCUCUUCUCUUGUCCAAGCAGAAAGGUUUACAUCCUGCUGGGAGAAACGGUCUCCAAGCCGCCCUGGGCAUGUCUGGCUAGCCCAAAGGGGGAUGCUGUGGUUCGGCUGUUAUUAAUUGAUUUGUGCUGAGGCCAUAGUUCAUAGUGAAAGCUCUGGCUGGAGAUGCUUGUUGGGUCUGUGAAGCCUGGACCAGGCAGCCAAAUCUGGCCUGUGCUGAGGAUGAAACCCUCUGCUUUCACAUCUCUGAGCUGCACCCUCAUUACUGAAGAUGCCUUUUGCUUUAUAGCUUUGCUGGAGAGCAAUUCAUUCUUCCCAUGUCUGAAAGGUAAUGUUGCCUGGGGCCUAAGCAUCCUGCUCCUUUGGGCACCAUUGGAAUGGAGCCAUCUGGGAGGUCAGGGACAGGGUCUGCCUGAGGAGAGCUAGCCCUAGCCUGGCCCCUGCCCAGAUGCCAUUCCAUCACUGAUAUUUAAGUGAAGGGGAGGACCCCUAGACUAUGUUCUUGGCUCCAGACUCUAAAAUCCACAAAAGCCAAACCAGCUCAUUUCAACAAAGGAGCGCUGAUGUGAGGGGCAAGGCUGCCUCUGCUCCAGGCUCUUCAGAAAGCAUCUGCAUGUGAACACCAUCAUGCCUCUAUAAAGGAUCCCUAUUACAGGAACAGCAUGAGUGGUGGCUAACCUGACCAAUAAAGUUAUUUUAUGAUUGCA